UGACUAGUUGAUGAAAAUUAAUUAUUAUAAACAUUAUAUAUUCAAUAAGUUAUGUGGUGAUAUGUAACAAUUAGAAUGUGCUCUUCAAGGUUGUAAAUUAAACAAUGGCAUGUUUAGAAAUAAUUUUUAAAUUAAAAUGUUCUAAAAUAUAAAAAUAAAAAAGUUGCUGCAAAAAAAUGUAAUCGCAAAUCAGUGUGAUUAUUUAGUGCGAUUGGAAAUCUUAGUAAAACGAAUAUCUGUGAAAAAACCUACCUAGCAAAAUCUUUUUUCACACACUUGUUUAUAUUUAUAUCACAUUAGUUUUGUAAAACUUAUGUCUUUAGAUAAUACAGCGUAUUAUUUACAGUGAGUACAGUCAUUAACCACUAAUUAGUGAUAUAAAUUAAGUAUUUGAAGUCGAAUGGUCGAGAUUCCUCCAAAAGUAGACGUGCAACUCAUACAUAUUCUCAAGGUGUUAACAUGAAUUGUAGCAUAGAAUUCUGUGAAAUCAUAAGAUUUCGUGGUGGCUAAAUUUUCGUGGAACUCAUGGGUACCUCUCAUCCCUGAAUUAAUAAAUUAGGGCUAAAAAGUAAUAUUUUUUGUUGGUAUAAGAAAUUACUCGAAAUUACGUCCCCACGAACAUGUACAAUUGAUGCAAUCCACGAUAAUUGGCCUCCACGAAUUUUAAUGAUUCCACAGUAUAUUAAGGUGUCUAAAAAAGAUAUAGUAUUAUUUUAAAUUAAUAACAGACUUUCUACAUAUGAUACAUGCCUAACUUUUUUUUUCAGAAUUUUAUCAUGAACCAAUCACGACUAAAGAAUUUGAUCACUUUCUUCAUCAUUAUAGUAACUGUAGCGAUUAUAUUUACCGUGUUUUUCGAAAGAAUUUUCCAAAGGAAAAAUGUACCUUUUCUAAACUUAAUACGGCGUGAACCAGACCGCAAGCUGCUUCCAAAAUAUGUCAACUUUUCCAGCAGUACUCUUCAAUGGACAAUGAAGCAAGGGCAAAAUCUAACGAUUGUCACGUCUUUCUGGGAUAUUGGGUCAUUUCAGAAGGGAGAUCACCACAUUUUUUCGCCAUCAAUGUACGAAGAAUGGGCAAAAGUUUAUGGAUUUCUUUUAAACCCUUUAAUCAUCUUCACUGAUUCAAAGCACUUUAAAAACUUAAUGAGUGAAUUAAGACACGACCGACAAGGAUUUACAAAAGUUAUAUAUAUGAAGAAAAGAAAAUUAUGGCCUUUUCAGCUGUUGAUGGAUAUUAAAUCGGUGUUUGAUCAACCGGAUUAUCCCAAGUACCAUCCAAAUACAGUUCUAGCAGAGUAUUCUGCUAUCCAGCACGCAAAAUAUGCUGCAGUGGGUGAUGCUAUUCGUUCAAAUAUAUUUGAAAGUGAAUAUUAUGCAUGGUUAGAUAUUGGUUAUUUCCGGGAUAUUGUUAAUGAUAAAAGAUAUUUUAUAUUAACUCCUCCCGAAAACCACAAUAAAAGUUUACUUGCAAUGAAUGAAGUGUAUCAUCCAAAUCUGAAUUUGACCCCAGAAGAAAUAUUUAAACAGAAUGUAGUUUGGGUAGGCGGAGGAAUGUUUAUAGGAACCAGGAGUGUGCAAUUAGCGUUUGAAGAGUUAUACAAAAAGGCGGUUUUACAUUUUUUGGGAAAAAAACUAAUGAACUCGGAUCAGCAGGUAAUAUAUGCAAUGUAUUCUAUGGAGGGAACGAGAUCACUGAAACCAAACGUUGAGCUGCAAUUAUACAGUAUGAAAGAUGACAAAAGUGUAGGAACUAGAAAUCCGUGGUUUUAUUUAGGUUUUCUUUGUAGACAUGCUGUGGAAAUUGAAUCUCAAUCUGUACAUUUACUAAAUAUGACUUUUUAACAUUUAAAACACCUUUUCUCCCAAGCAUUUUAGAAAAUAUUUGCAAUUCGUAAAUAGAGUAUUUGACGCUUCUUACAUCCAUGUGAAAUGAAUUGAAUUGCUCGAAAAUGCAUUACGUGUUACUGAAAUCCACCAAUUUAAAACUAGCAGUCAGAGAGAGAGAGAGAGCAAUAAAAAUAAUGAAGGACUUCUUUCUUUCCUUCGUUUCUAAGCGACCAAAUUUCCUGAGAAUAGGGCCUAUCAAACAAAUUUAUUUUUUUAAUCGUCAGAUUAGUGAUUUAAACUUAAGUUUGUGGAGCUAAAAUCUAUGAUGUAAUUUCAGUGUCAAUACAUCUUUUUUAGAAACAGAUUCUUCGAGAGAAGAUACAUGUAUUAUGACGUAUGUAUUAUGUGAAUAAAAUUGUUUACAAAACAAAUUAACUACAAUAAGAAAAAUGUUAUUUCAAAAAUGUUUAAAGCUAUAUAACUUUGAUGCAAUGUUACACUCUUAUAUAACAGAAAAAUAGACUCCAAUACAUAAUUAUGAUUUUACGAAUACAUGAUUAUUUUACAGCUUUGUACCAUUAAGUCAUUGUACACUUAUUAGAUCUGACACUUUUACUUAAGUAUAUACAUGUAUUAUACAAGGACAGGCCUUUGCAAGUUUACUUUUUGCUUUUGCCUAUAAUGAUCUAAGCAUCAUUCAUAAAACGUGAUUUUGAGAAUAAAGAUUUAUGUUAUUUAAUUUUUUGUAUUUUUCAAAGAAAUUCAAGGAUUAUGUUUUAGAAGUAAAUGAAGUGUUUGUAUUUGUUUUUUUAUAAUGCGUAUUUGUAUUCUAUAAAAAUGUCCUGAAACAUUACCAAGAAUUUUUUUAAUGUUGGAGAUAUUCAUUUUUAUGACAAGAGGCCCAUGGACCACAUCGCUCACCUUAGCAACUAAAGGCAUGAUAAAAUCAGCUUAAUGGGGUCAUAAUAAAAAAUUUUUGGACAAUGUGGUGUAUUACAUGUAGAUCCUGUAUAAAUAAAAAACCAUUCCCCCCUCAGGG